CACUCGCUGCCUCUCUCCGGGACCGGGAGCGCUGCGCGAAGCACGGGCAGUGGAGAGGGCGCUGCGCUCGGGCUACCCAAUGCGUGGACUAUCUGCAGCCGCUGCUCAUGCAAUAUGCUGGAGCUCCAGAACAGCUAAACGGAGUUGCCACACCGCUGCCUGGGCUGGAUCACAGCGCUGCCUUUCCUUAUGAAGAAGACACAAACUUGGAUUAUCACUUGCAUUUAUCUUCAACUGUUCCUAUUUAAUCCUCUCGUCAAAACUCAAGGGAUCUGCAGGAACCGUGUGACUGAUGAUGUGAAAGACGUUACAAAAUUGGUGGCAAAUCUUCCAAAAGACUAUAAGAUAACCCUCAAAUAUGUCCCCGGGAUGGACGUUUUGCCUAGUCAUUGUUGGAUAAGCGAGAUGGUGGAACAAUUGUCAGUCAGCUUGACUGAUCUUCUGGACAAGUUUUCAAAUAUUUCUGAAGGCUUGAGUAAUUACUCUAUCAUAGACAAACUUGUGAAAAUAGUCGAUGACCUUGUGGAGUGCAUGGAAGAACACUCAUUUGAGAAUGUAAAAAAAUCAUCUAAGAGCCCAGAACCUAGGCUGUUUACUCCUGAAAAAUUCUUUGGAAUUUUUAAUAAAUCCAUCGAUGCCUUCAAGGACUUGAAGAUGGUGGCUUCUAAAACUAGUGAAUGUGUGAUGUCUUCAACAUCAAGUCCUGAAAAAGAUUCCAGAGUCAGUGUCACAAAACCAUUUAUGUUACCCCCUGUUGCAGCCAGUUCCCUUAGGAAUGACAGCAGUAGCAGUAAUAGGAAGGCCUCAAAUCCCAUUGAAGACUCCAACCUACAAUGGGCAGCUGUAGCAUUGCCAGCAUUCUUUUCUCUUGUAAUUGGGUUUGCUUUUGGAGCCUUAUACUGGAAGAAGAAACAACCAAAUCUUACAAGGGCAGUUGAAAAUAUACAGAUUAAUGAAGAGGAUAAUGAGAUAAGUAUGUUGCAAGAAAAAGAGAGAGAGUUUCAAGAAGUGUAAUUGUGGCUUGUAUCAACACUGUUACUUUCGUACAUUGGCGGGUAACAGUUCAUGUUUGCUUCAUAAAUGAAGCAGCUUUAAACAAAUUCCUAUUCUGUCUGGAGUGACAGACCGCAUCUUUAUCUGUUCUUGCUACCCAUGACUAUGUGGGUGAUUCAGAAAUUGGAACAAAGUGUUUUGCUAUGAAACUGGCAUAAUCACCUGUAAAGAAGACCUUGCACGGAGCAGGACUCUAUUUUAAGGACCUGGGGGAUGUGUGGUCUCAAUUAGAACUUGCAGCUGAUGUUGGGAGAGAAAGCACGUGUCCCAGACUGCACAUACCAUUUUGCAUGCCUCCAGAAACGUCUAAUUGUUGAAAAACCACAUAGCUUUAUUUUACAGUUACAACCUGCAGUUCAUAGUUAUCUUGGUCUCUGCAAGUAGAUUUCAGCCUGGAUAGUGAGGGUCGUCAUUUUUUAUCAAAGGGAUCUAGAAAAA